AUGAUUUCGUUCAUACGAUUUGGGUCCAUCUUGGGGUUGAUUGCGCAACUAGCCGCAGCCGCCGGGUCCUAUAACAUAUCACCCUUGGUUAGAAAGCUGUCCCCUGGCGCAGAGGUGUUUUAUCCAUCCGCCGCAAAUUGGUCGGAGGUAACUCCACGAUGGUCAACUAAUGAUGCCCCGACCUUUUUCGCAGCUAUUAAGCCAGCAACUCCCGGCGACGUCCAAAAUAUCGUUCGUUAUGCAUCGAGGAAUCAAAUUCCUUUCCUUGGCGUGGGAGCGGGGCACGGCUUCACGACGACUUUGGGUGAAUUAAAGGAAGGCCUGGAAAUAGACUUAAGCCAGUUUAAUAAGGUUUCCGUCGACGCUAAAAACAAUAGGAUGACGAUUGGUGGAAGUGUCAGGUUCGAAGAGAUUUUGGAUCCUUUGUAUGCCGCUGGCAAGGAAAUUCGGGGCUCUCUUGGAGCUGGUGUCGGAAAGUACCAAGGCGUUCAUGGGCUGAUCAUCGAUGCCCUGGAAUCAGUAAAAUUAGUUACUGCCACAGGAGACUUGAUCACGGUAUCCAAGCAUCAGGAACCUGACUUGUUCUGGGGCUUGCGUGGUGCCGGUUUUAACUUUGGCAUCAUCACCGAGGCUACUUAUCAGGUUUAUGACUUGACGAAUAACGGCUCSGUGAUGAACGCGGAUUUUGAGUUCGCAGGAAAUCUCAAUCAGACCUUCUUUGAGUUUUUGGCGUCAUUCAAUGGCAAGCUGCCUCCAAAGUUAGCCUUAUUUGGUGUUCUCGCCAACGACGCCACUGUUGGGGUGAGUUUGAAUGUCCUCGUGGCUCAACCCACGAUUCUUCUCAACGCCGUAUACAUCGGCCCUCAAGAUGAGGGUCUUGCUUAUCUCCAACCCCUUUUGGAACUACCCUACCUUAGACGAAACAUCACCCAAUUGACGUGGAACACAGUGUUUGAUGCACACAUGUUUGGCUCUAUAGCGGCCACCUGCAAGGGCGGAAACCCGCAAAACAAUUGGUCACAAGGGUUGGCAGGUAUCGACGUACCGACGCACGUUGCCUAUUAUAACGCGUUAGCCGAUCUCUGGACGCAACACCCUGCGGCGGCCAAUGCGAUUCUAUCUAUAGAAGUUUUCUCCCCACAAACAGCACUUAGUGUUCCUGACGGAGAGACAGCAUAUCCAUGGCGAGAUACCGCAGUUCAGAUUAUUCUCAACUUCCCCGUCAACGAUGACACGGUGACGAACUUUGCAGAGAAAUGGGUCCCUGAAUUUACCGAGACUGGCGGCUUCAACGAGUCGCGGGKGUAUGUGAGCUAUGCACACGGAGAUGAGAGUCUAGAAACAAAAUACGGCAAGGAGAAGCUGCCUCGUCUUACGGCGUUGAAAACGAAGUGGGAUCCAAAAGGCCUCUUUAGUUUCAAUAACGGGUUGCCAGUAUAUUAA